AGCCCAGCAGCCUCUGCCCCUGGAUCUCAUCUCCAAAUGAAGAUUCGCAUCUCUCAGCCAGAGCGUCCCGACAUGUUCGCCUGAACCCGGCAGCCUCUACGCCGCCUGGACACUCACCGUACGGAGACUUUUGCGUCCGUUUUUUUCCUUUCAUUUAUUUGCGCGCAAACGUUUCCUCACAACUUUUACUGGAAGAUUGUGGAAAAACUCCGGGAAAUUGUUUCGUGCCGAUGCGCCCGGUGUGGCCGGAGACAGCGCUGGAAGGACCGAGAGAGAGCCGGGAGGCAGGAAAGGGGACCAGUGCAGUCUGAAGGGGGACGUACAUGUCUCCUGUCUCUCAUCACCGAGGUUUCUACUUCCUGUGACAUCAGCACACAAUGCCUGAGGGGUCACGCCGUGGCUGUCAGCGAUCGCCCAGUUCAACAGCCACCAAGCGUCCCUCAUCGGUCUCGUCUCUGAGUGGGAUUGUGGGUAGGAUGAUGUCAUCCGGUGACCGAGGAGCCUCGUCUUCCUCCUGCACCUCCGUCAACACAGUUUGCUCAGAUGGCGAGCGUCCGGCCUCCCUCUCCCUCUCAUCCUCCACCUCCUCAGUCUCCUUGCAUGAGGCUUCCCACUCAUCUUCGUCCUCCUCUUCCUCGCUACCUUAUGGCGCCGUCCCAGCAUACAUCGCGUCCUCCACGCCAAAGAGGAACGGCUCAGACAUCAGUCUGGACCUCACUCCAUUGGUCACCCCACAUGGAGGAGGGGCGUACGCUGCUAGAACAGCAGAAGGACACAGCUCUCAUGGUCAUGUAGCCGAUGGAACAUCAGUGGUGGUGCCAGUCACGCCCCGGCAGCUGUCCAGGCUGGAGAGGGUUGUGAUGGAGAUUGUGGAGACAGAACAAGCCUACGUCAGAGAUCUGAAGAACAUCGUGGAGGACUACCUGGGCUGCAUCAUCGACUGUGGAGCGCUGCCUCUGAAGCCAGAGCAGGUCAGCACUCUGUUCUGCAAUAUCGAGGACAUCUAUGAGUUCAACAGUGACCUGUUGGAGGACCUGGAGAGAAGUCCUCACGCUGCAGCCAUCGCUGAGUGCUUUGUAGAACGGAGUGAAGCCUUUGACAUUUACACACUCUACUGCAUGAACUACCCCAACUCGGUGGCCGUACUGAGGGAGUGCAUGAACAAUGAAAAACUUGUUCGCUUCUUCCAGGAGAGACAGACAACUUUGAACCAUUCCUUACCUCUGGAGACGUACCUGCUCAAACCAGUGCAGAGGAUUCUCAAGUACCACCUACUUCUACAGGAACUCUCUAAGCACUUUGACAAGAGUGCUGCGGGAUAUGAGGUCAUCGAGGACGCCAUCAUCACCAUGACAGCUGUGGCCUGGUACAUUAAUGACAUGAAGAGGAAACAGGAACAUGCUGUGAGGCUGCAGGAAAUUGAAUCAUUGCUGGUAAAUUGGACUGGACCAGACCUCAGUGGGUUUGGAGAACUGGUUCUGGAAGGUUCCUUUAAGGUCCAAAGAGUGAAAAAGGAGCGAGCGUUCUUCCUGUUUGAUAAGAUGCUGCUGAUCGCCAAGAAGAGACUGGAGCAGUUUGUCUACAGCACACACAUAUUUUGCUGCAACCUGCUGCUGGUGGAGACCUUAAAGGACCCGCUUUGUUUCAAAGUGUCAGACCAGACCAUUCCCAAACAGCAGCACGUCGUCCAGACCAAGAACCAGGAGGAGAAGCGACUGUGGGUUCACUACCUCAAGAAACUGAUCGUGGAGAACCAUCCAACUUCCCUCCCACAGAAGGCGAGACAAGUCCUGGGAGACAACUUCUGUCAAUUUCCCACCUUUGGAGAGGACCAUGUGAAGAAGACCAGUGCAUCUCCACAGCUGGACGACAUCCAGGCCUAUCACCGGGGCAGACGUCAAUCAGGUCAGGAGCCUCCAGAGCUCCUCAUGUACACACCUGAGAAGUCCAGGAAGAGUCUGCCACUGCUGCUGGAGGGAAACUUACCCUGCAGACGCACCAGGAGACAGUCAGCCCCAGCCAAAGACAUUGAAGAGGCAUUUGUUUCUAAUGGAGUUCCUGGAGCUUUGAAGCAGGCAGACAGUGAGGGGGCGCUGUGUCCAUCUGAAAGUCUGGACUCAGCAGGCAGCAACAGCACACUGGCCUCCUCUGUCAUCGAGGUGGAGGCUGAGCGUGUUGAGUUAGGUCUGACCCCCCAGCUUAGACCCCGACAGGAGGAGGAGGAAGCAGAGGAGGCAGAAGAAGAGUUGGCUCCUCUUAUUCCUUCUCCCACUCUGUCCAUCACUGAGGAGAUCCUGGAGUUUAUUAACCAAAGCAGAGUCAGGGAAGGGCUAUCUAUCCACCCCAAGGACACAGUUCUGGAUCAUCUCAAAGACAGUCAACAUAUAAAGGACCAGAACAACUUCACCUGCCCGUUACCCCCACUUGUGAGCCCCUCCAGUCCAGAAGAAAAGUCUGAGAGUCAUCAGGAGGAAGAGAGUACAGAGAAGGACAAUGAUGAGGUCAUUCAAGAUCAGAGCAACGACCAUGAGACCCCAACAAAUGAGGCUGAAGAAGGUUUCAGUCAAACACCACAGGUGGAAAAGGGAGUGGAGGAAGGUGAGGAAAAUCAAGAAGAAGAGUUAGGAAAGGAAAGAGAAGAGGAGGAAACCCUGUGUGAUAGUGUGGGAGAAGCCACCAGCGCUGCUGCUGCUGCUGCUGCUGCUGCUGCUGCUGCUGCUGCUGCUGCUGCUCCAACAUCAGAUGUCCACGUCUCAAUCGCAGCACAGGAAUCAGAAGAAGAGGUCCACAAGGGCACAGCCAACAUUACACAUCCAGAUGUCUUUAUUCAACCUACCCAGAAAUGUCAUUCCUCCACAAAAAGCCCCCACCUCACCAAACUGGACAAAAAGAUCAUUGAAAAGAUUCGUAGUUACUACGAGGCAGCCGAAGCUGAAAAGAACAAAGAAGGAGAAGAAGAAGAUGGAGAAGAUGUGGGAGGAAGACGGAGGAAUAGUUUCUCACAAAUCCCAUCUGGGUUGGUGAAGGAGUCGGUCUCACGUUUUACUGUGACUUGUCAUCAGGUGGAGACAGAGAGUGGGCCAUCCAGGGAGACUGAAGGAGAGACGGAGCCCUGUUCCCUCAGUGAUUCAGUCCAUUCCAGCACUGGUCUCUCAGUUGGCACAGAGGAGGACAGAUCUGGACAUGAAGCAGUGAACUCCCUGGAUCAGGAAGAAAACUCCACUGAGACGUCUCCGUCUGACAGCGGUACCCACAACCAGGAUCAGUGUGGACCGGAUGAAGGAGAGGAAAAUGGAACCAUCUCGACAGAACCUUCACAGGAAGAACACGAGGGUCAGGAGGAGGAGGAGGAGACAAGUGAUCUAGUGACAGGUGAGGAAGGUAGGACAUAUCCGGCAGGUGAAGGUCUGUCUGAUUCUGAAAGUCACACAUGCAGAGAUGAAACACCUGAAAUAUGUGGUGAAAACCCAGACACAGAGAAUGUCUGUGAUAUGAACCAAGCAGAACCAAAGACAAAGGAACUUUUGACACCUUCAUCGUCCACUGAAACCACAACUCAGUCAGCCCAGACAACAAACCAGCACACAGACCAGACCAGCAGGACUGCUGAAGUUCUUCCCAGUCAGAUAAAAGCCGGUCGAUGGUCCCAACACUCCAGGAUCGUCACUAAUAACCGAGCCUUCUUUGAGAACAUGGGCUCAGAUGUAGCUGGUAUUGGAUCGUUUGUAUCUAGUCCUGUUGUGGACCCUGUGCUGAUUGAAAACUCAGAACGUAUUUUGAGUAAGGUUCAAACACUGGCACAGAUGUACAGUGCUAAAGCCAGCACCAUGAAAGUUCCUCUACAUCAGAAACGGUCCUUCAGUACCUGGAACCAGUCCAGAGCCUGGUCCCAAUUCUCUGGACCCUCAACACAGGCCAACUCUAGAACUCAGACACAUCUUCAGACCCAAACACAAAUCAAACCUGGACUGAAAGUCAGUCAGUCAGAAACCAGCAGAGAAGCUAAACCUCACCACCAGUCCCCGUCUGAGACCAGUGAUCAGCACCAAACACGGAACAAAACUGAAGGCCAUGUGUUGAGUCAGAAACUGACCCAUUACCAAAACAAGAACCAAAUCCAGAACCCGGUUCAUACAAUGAGUUUGGAGAACCAGAGGAUCCAGGAGCAAAAGACCUUGAGGAGAGCAGACGGUGGAACUGAUGAUCCUGUGACUGUGAGAACGUCCUGUGAACCACAUUCAUCUGUGACAGAACCGCAGACCUCAGCCAGUCUUCCCCAGUCAAACCAAUUUACCCUGUCCAGACCCAGGGACUUCAUCUUUGCCUUGACCAAAGACAGAGACCUCGCUGUGGGCAGCAGCUCAGGUGUCAGCUCCCUGUCAGAGCAGUCGUCCAGCAGCAGCCAGUCACCCACACUGACCUCUGGUCCUGGAGUAACUGACCUCCUGGCUUCAAAAACAUCCUUCAGAGGAGUUUGUGUAGAUGCUCAGAGGCCUGCUGAGAAAAUAGAUCCAGGUCAACAAGCUGAACAGCAUGGAAACAGAUAUGAACACAAAUACAAACAGGAAAUACUUACCACAGAUGAGCAUGUGUUGGAGAAACAGUUGCGACACCACAACAGCAAAGAUGGUUUGAUCUCAGAUCAGUCUGGACACGCCUCUUCUGGAGAGCUGCUAGUGAAGGUAGAGUGCGCAAAAAUUCAAGUAGAGACUCCCCCGCAAGAGCAGCAGCACCUGGAGAACGGAAGUGUCAAAGCCUCACCUACAAAUUCUUCAUCACAAACCCAGAAGGUUCUACAGGAUUCAGCUGUGAAUUUCUCAGACAUGCUGUCGUUUGUCACGUCAUCAGGAGAGAUGGUUACGUCCUCACCUCUAUCAGUUCACUUUUCAGAACCAAAGCACUCUGCUUCUGUGCAGUCUGUAGACUGUCUGCCAACCUUCACUAGCCAGAGGCCACCAGAUCUUCCAUCUGCUGUGGGUGAACAGACCCAGGUCAACAGCUGGAACGUCAGCAGCAUCCAACCCAACACACACAGGGAGAGAACUGGUCCAUCGGGAUCUCCAGACAUCUGUCCAGUCUUCAGUCUGUCAACCAACACAUGCCAACCUUCCAGAAUGUUCUCACAGACAUCAGUUGUCAUGGAUCAACCCAGGUCCACACUAGAACACUCCCAGGAGUCAUCUGCCUUCAGGCCGAGCCUCAGAUACUGCUCCCCUUCUCCUGGCAGGACCUGUUCACCUUCCUCUUCCUCCUCCUCCUCAUCUUCUUCUGCUGCCUCCUGUGUCCAGGCACCUCCCGGUGUACCUGUUGAAGGCAGCACCCCAGCAAACACAGCUCUCAGUGCUCUUUCCUGUUUGUCUCCUACUCUAUCGUCUGGCAGAUGUUCUUCAGUCACUCAACUCUCUCCUCCCCCAUCCUCCUUCUCCUCCUCCUCUUCUUCUAUGAGGUCUUCAUCUGAAAGGAUCCAAAGUUGUAACUCACCCACAGUUUCCUCCUCCCUCUGCUCCUCACCUAUAGCCUCGUCAUCUGCAUUCACCAAAUCUUUAGCCGCCUCAUGUAUCAGUCAAUCCAUCAGUCAGAACAUGGCCAAACUAAAUAGUGUCCGGCAGCAGGUACCAUCCAGGGGGUCAGAAACCCAAAGCCCCUCCCCGCAUUCACCUUUACCCUCCUCUAAUCUACGAUGGCGUUCACCUUCCCCCAAACCGGGGCAGAGACUGAGCAGUGGUACACCGACCUAUGGACAGUUAGGGUGCUCAAAGGAUGGUCACCAACACCUGAGAUUCCCACCCUCCUCUCCACACUCCCAUCACUCCUCUCUGCUCACCGAUCAAUCACCUCCUGCCUCUCUUUCCCAGCGUUGUCCCUCUCCAUAUAAAGCUACAGCCAGUCCUCAGUCUCCUCACCUCUCUUCUUCUCACCCAUCAUUCCUUCAUCCUAAAAAUGUCACCACACACAAUUCAAACAACAACAACAACAACAACAACAUCAGGACGGCUGUUCGUACAGCGGACAUCCAUGAUGUCGGUGGUUGUAGUGUUAAUGGAGGUGUCAGUAAUGGACCCUGGUCAAGAGCUUCACAUAACAUGACCCUGACUGACUGUAGCACCGAUGCCACAGUGAAUCCACACUCCCAUGAUUCUCUCUGGUCUGGGUCCUACAACCGUGUAGCCCGCCCUUUUUCCACGUCUGAGCCCAGCUCAAGAGUUCAGUCUCCAUCUCCAUCCCCAAGCCCAGCUUCAUUUUCUCGUUUCUGUUCUCCCCCUCCUCCUCAUAAUUACUUCUCACCUAUGGCAAACAAACCUCCACACCCCCGGAGUGCAAAGGCAGCUCAUGGAAGCACCCAUAAUCCUCUAGGCCUGACAAUAGAACUACCCUCAGCCUCAACAUCCAGUUCAGUAUCCAUGUGGUCCCCCUCCUGUCCCAGCCCCCGUAUCCUCUCUCCACCUCCCAUUGGCGUAUCACCAAGUAUGUGGUCACAUAAUGUUGCAGCCCCUCAACCCAGAAACCCUAGACCUGCUUCCUCCUCCUCUAUUCCUUUUUCCUCCUUACACUCGGCCACAGUGGAGUUUUCCCCACAUCAUCCAAACUCCAUGGUUCAGCGGCAAAGCUCUGGUCCUCAUCCUACCACACCCCCAAACUCCACCCAUUUACUUCGUAGAUCUUACUCUUCUAAUUUGAUGGACAGACCCCCGAGUCCAGUCAGAAGCAACUCUACUGGACUACAUUGCUCCUGGACAGAGAGCAGUUGCAGAUCUUAUGGUGUCAGUGGGAGAAGGUCCGUAGACCAGCAAGAACCCAGUCCACGUAGUCCAAGAAGUGGCUGGAGGUCCAGCAGUAGUUUCACCUCCUGCCUCAGUCCUGGAGCCAGGGUUCAGUCCCCUCUGUCACCUGGUAGGGUCACACCCGCGAAGAGCGGCGGGCAGCACUUCACCUGUGAACCAUGGCACGAUGUACAAAACCUUUCAAACACAUGUAACGGAACUGAGGGACCUGAUACUAAUACGACCUUCCCCAUCAUUUCCUCGUCUCCUUCUCCACUUUCCCCAGUCUCCCAGAACUUCCCCUGCUCUCUGGCUCCGUCAGACAGUCAGGCCGACUGGGGAGACCCCGAGGUAGAAGAAGGUCACUGUCGUAGUCAGAUCAUCUGCGCUUACAUCGCCCAGCCUCUCUGUCAGUCAGACCUGUCCUCAUCAUGUCUCACCCUGUCCUCUUCAGAUAUGAUGUCAUCAUCACCUCCUUCCUAUCAGAACUACCCAUUCCAAGUGGCAUCCACUCCUCAUGUCCAAAUCACUUUCAAAACACCUCCAGCGUCUUCAGACCGCUCUAGCCUUACCCCAAAUUCACCACCCUUACCCUUUGACAACUCUCCUCCCAGCAGACCAGGGAGUCAGAAGACCAGUUACGCCACCACCGUCAACCUCCAGAUAGCUGGAAGUGGUAGAAUAACGUCUUUAAGUACUGCCCAGGUCAGCCUGACCCAAACCCUGCAGGGAGGAGCUGGAAGCAGAAGCUCUGGACAAGGACAGAUGGUGAGGAGGGUGAGCAUCAACGGUCUUUCUCACCUUCCUUCCUCUCUUCACUAGAGAUUUCAAGGAAAGGAAACAAAUAAAACAGAUACAAAGGUUGGAAAGAAGUGAAUACAUUUAAAUAAAUAAAAAACCACUGGGAGCGAAGGUCGGAUGAACUUGAACUAAGAAUGAAAACAAACUUCGAACAAUCAGGUAUUUUGACCUUGGGACAAGAAGAGACAACAUUGAACACUUGACAUAAUGGGCGAAUAUUUAAUGACUGAUCGAGUAGAUGAUCCUGACCCUGGACUGUGUUUAUUUCCACUCUGAGAUGCCAGUGUAAGGGCUGUAGAGAUGCAGAUGUUGAAGCCGGUGUGGAUUCAUUUACUGUAUGUAUCUAUAAAUGAGAGGCUGGGCUUUUGUUAAGGUCUGAGUGUGUCAACCGCUUCACUCUGCUCUGUCAUCUGUAUUCUUCCUCUGGCUGUAUGAGCUCUGAUAGGUCACAUUAUUAACCUUGAUGCACAGUCUCACAGUCAGAGUAGCUGUUGAAUUGGCCUGAGUCUGGUAGUAAACACAGGGUCCAACAGUUGGAGCUCUGUGUGAGACGUCCAAGUCUGUCCACACUGAGACUUCAUACUGUCCACAGUUCUCAGUGUUUGAUACAAUCACACUUGGUUUAUUGGUGUUGUUUUUACUCUGACUGUCUGAGGACACAGGUUAUUAUUAAUCUGUCUUCUUUAUUAUUUGUUGUUAUAAUUCAAAUGUAUUAUUAACCUCUAUUAUUUUUAUUAUUAUUUUAUUUUUUAUUUAUGAAGUUAGUCUUAUUCUCUCUGGCACUUAACAGUCAUUUAAUUGCUAUUUUGCAUUACAAGGUCUUUCUGUGAGAGAGCAAGACCGUGUGUGUGUGUGUGCGCGCGUAUGCGUGUGCGUGCAAAAGGACGUGUCUGCUAAGUUGUUCCUCAAACUUCAGACUAAGCCAGUAUCAAUGUUUUUAAUGCUGCCUUUCUUCUCGACUUCAAACCUGGUCUCACCUGUCCACAGUUUUCAUGUCAGACUUUUCCUCUUCUGUGUUAGAGUGCAGACAGACAGACAGAAGGACAGACAGACAGAAGGACAGACAGGUGAAAUCCCCUGAUAUAAGAUGUCAGAGUGUCAGAGCCUCACACUCAGUGAAUGAUCACAGCCUCCAGAGAGAAUGGUCCAAACUUCACCCUCAAAGUUCAGGUACAAACUGACAUGUGUUCAUGGAGGUCAGCUGUCAACUGUCGUUGUACCAAACCAUGGUUUGGAGUCUAAUGCCUGUGUCAUAGAGAGAGAAUGUUUGUCACUGUAGUUUCAAUAAUAAAGAAACUGAUCCGGGCUGGUGCUGGUCUCCUGUGGUUGAAUGAUAAUCCACCUUAUUAUCAACUCUGAUAAUAAGGUGGAUUAUGGCUGGUUGAAAAUAAAAGUUCAACUGUUGGUGAAAGCAACGCAUCAGUUUCACAACAGUGUUAAAGUCUGAUUACGUUCUUGGGUGAUAUGAAAAGUAAAGGCUUGUCUCUCACACACACACUCACACACUGUUCACAAUGACUGUUGGUACCACAGUCAUAAAACAUGAUAUAUCCUUUAUGGCCCUCUCUUGAUGACCUGAUUUGUCCCGGAGCCUGACAUUCCAAACUCCAAUUUCAUAUGUUCCUCCAGUCUUUCAAAGGUCGUCAGACCCAGAUUAGAAGAAUAUUUGGUUGGUGUUUUUCAUGUGACUCAAAUUUCCUCUCAAACUGGUGUGCCUGCAUCACAGCAAGAAGGUCAGCAGUUUGAUCCUCAUGCAGUCAAAGUAUCCUCACAAGCAAUAGUCAUUUUCAUGUCUCCACUAGUAUAUAUCUGUAUAACAGAUGUCUUUUGUCAGCUUUAACAAAUACUCCCCGACACCAUGGAAACAUGUACUUCAUCACAUCUCUGACACUUCAUCUUCACUGUCCCGCUCUUGUAUUAUCACUACAGCAUGGCUGUGUUGUUGCUCAGUGCCAGUCUGCCAACGUUCACUUUCUGUUCGAUGCAUUGCCAGUCCACUCCCCUGCACGUCACUAGAGUAUGUGUGCUGUAACAGUCUCCAGAUGUUGUAAUCUGUUGUAUUCUUUAAUGACUAAGGUUCAACCACAGUGUCAUGUUACCCCCAAUUAUAUAAUAGUAAUGUUAAGAAGCAGAAGAAGAAGUCCUUUUGAUCAUUGAGAUCAAUGUUGUUAAAGCUGGGAACUGAAAGAGAGGCAGGAGGAGGAGUAAAAAGAGGGAGGAGUGAGAAGUAGAAAACAGAGGGAAAGGGAGGUGAAACUGAGAGACCAUCUGUCUUCUCUCACACAGAGUUCUCACACUUCUUACACUUCUCACACACACUCCUCCAACUCCUGCGGGUGAGAACGCAGCUGCAGAUGUGUGUUGGACGAAGCGUGCAGGAGACACACUCCUCAGAGAACACCUUCAUAUUUGACUUCGCAGUCUGGAUCGUGGAAGACUCUGCUCCACUUGUGUGGGUUUCCUCAUCUGCUCUGGGAUUUCAUCAGGAAUCGAUCUGCAUCGAUCUGUAAUGGCUUUGAAUCUUCGGGAAAAAAUCAGUUGUUUUCACUGCGUGACUAGGACCUGAGGGUCUAAGACACCAUGUGAUCAUGCAGACUCUGCCAUGUGGAGAGAGAGCUCAGGUCUCAGGAUUGGCCUUCUGUGUCUUGUCUGUCUGGUUUUCCUGCAGCUUCAGGCAACUAACCCACCCUGCUCUCAAAUGAUGACGACGGCGGUUCAGUCUCUCAUCGAGUCCCCCCAGCUGAAGGUGAAUUUGGGCGGCAAACUGUACACACCCAGCCUAGAAGACUACAAGCAGAACUGUCCCAGCUCCACCUUUCAGUGUUUUGCUGAAGAAAUGAGAGUCCUGACAGAGGAGAUAGAGCAUGUGAAGAAAAGUCAACCAUUCAAGAUCGACAACAAAUUGAAGAAACUGGCAGCUGCCUUCAAUCAGACGGAGAACAUGUGUCCUCAGUGUGAAGUCUACACAGAGCAGGAUGUGAGGACGUUUCUCAGCAAUCUCAACACUGUGCUCACCCUAAUGAACAGCCAAUAUUGCACACGGUCACACAUUGUUCUGUUGUAAUAUCAGUUGUAUUAUUGUUUGUUUUUCUGUCAUGAGAAUAUGGUCUGUACCAGAUAUUAUUUAGUGGUGUUGGUAACAGUUGGUGACAUUUAACUAACAUCAACAAUAUAUCUUAUUAAUAAUAUUAUCUCAUUAAACUAAUGCCAUUGAUAUCAUGUUUAGUACAGUGGGAAACAAUAGACAAACUGUAAAAAGUGAACAGACUAUGCAUUAGAAGAGUCACCUUAGUUACAGCUGCACUUCAGGGACACAGUCAGUGAUGCCUUGACUUCAUCUUGCCUGGACAUACAGUAGAAGACAAGACGUGUAGACUUCAGACAGUGUUGUACGUGUUUUAUUGCCAUCUUCUAAAUAAACAACACAGUCUGAUUACGUCAGAUUUUAAGAUGUGCAACAAACUUUUUAAAACUUUAUAACAAACCAAGUAAGACAUGAAAAUAAAAAGACAAAUC